AUGAGCCACAGCACCGAGACGAUCCCGUUCCCGGGCGCCAAGUCCCCGGGCAUCACCGAUGUCACCCGGCAUGCUUGGAUCACAUCGGACGACAUCGAGGCCUCCUCGGCGGCGCGCGGCGGUCCCUUCGAGCCCCGCGAUGACCACAACGGCGAUCUCGUCACCGCGACCGAGGACCGGGACCUGAAGCGCGGCCUCGAGCAACGCCACUUGUCAAUGUUGGGUAUCGCUGGCGCCAUCGGUACCGGUCUCUUCCUUGGUCUCGGCGGCGCCAUCCAGACCGGCGGUCCGCUCGGCGCCCUCCUCGGUUACGCCACCGUUGGCCUAAUUGUCUGCGCCGUGCAGUUCGCUCUCGGUGAGGUCUCCGCGCUGCUGCCCGUCACCGGUUCCUUCGUCCGCCACGCCGAAUUCCUCGUCGACCCGGCCCUCGGCUUUGCCAUUGGUUGGAACUUGGUUUACGGCAACAUCCUCUCGAUCCCCUCCGAGAUCACCGCCAUCUGCGUGCUGUUCCAGUUCUGGACCGACCUCAACCCCUCCGUCUUCAUCAUCAUCUUCAUCAUCCUCACCUUCGUCGUCGGCAUCGCCUUCGUGCGCGUCUUCGGCGAGGUCGAGUUCAUCUUCGCCCUCCUCAAGAUCCUCCUCGUCAUCUUCCUCAUCAUCCUGGGCCUGGUCAUCGACCUCGGAGGCAUCCCCGGCACGCCCCGCAUCGGAUUCAGGUACUGGCAGGACCCGGGCCCGUUCGUGGAGCACAUCACCACCGGUAAUUGGGGUAAGUUCCUCGGCUACUGGGGCGUCAUGACGAGCGCCGUCUUCUCUUUCGCCGGCGUCGAGUCCCUCGCCAUGGCCGCCGCCGAGACGCAGAACCCCCGCCGCGCCAUCCCCCGCGCCUGCAAACGCGUCUUUGCGCGCAUCGUCCUCUUCUACAUGCUGGCUGUGUUGGUGGUCGGUAUGAUCGUCGCCAGCAACGACACCCGCCUCAAUGACGCCUACGGCACCGCCGCCCAGAGCCCCUUCGUCAUCGCCGCCUCCGCCGCCGGUAUCCCCGCCAUCCCCAGCGUCGUCAACGCCGUCGUCAUCACGUCGGCCUGGUCUGCGUCGAACCAGAGUCUCCUGGCGGGCACGCGUGUCCUGUUCGCCCUCGCUCUCAAGGGACAGGCCCCGAAGAUCUUCCUUCGCACGACGGCCUGGGGUACCCCCUACGUCUGCGUGCUUCUCUUCACGGCGUUCAUGUUCCUGAGCUUCAUGAGCUUGUCGAACGGCGCUUUGACGGUCUUCUGGUGGUUGGUGGACCUUACCGCAGCUGGUGUUCUGGUUUCCUGGUCGGCCAUCCUUACGAACCAUCUGCGUCUCAAGGCCGCGAUGAAGAAGCAGCAUAUCCCGAUCGAGAGGCUGCCUUGGUACAACUCUUGGACUGUCUACAGCUCAAGCAUUGCCCUCUUCUUGUGCAUCGUCAUCCUCUUUACCAGCGGUUUCGAGGUCUUCACCAAGGGCAACUGGAGCGCUAGCGGUUUCGUCUCUGCCUAUCUCGAUAUCCCUUUGGUGCUGGGUGCAUACACCAUUUACAAAUUGGUCAAGAAGACCAAGAUCGUCCCCCUCAACGACAUCCCGCUUCGUGAUGCCUUCGAGCAGGCCGAUGAAUAUCCUGAAGAACCCGAGCCCAAGAAGACUGGCCCUGUCCGCUUUGUAAGCUGGAUCUGGGACUAA